GCUACACAAAUCAUGCUCGCAAACCCUAGACUGCUCUCUUCUUUAGCAUCGGCACAGUUUGCAACCGAUAAUGGCGGCAGGUCCGGUGCGCUAUCUCCGCCGCCAAUCUCCGAGGAGGUGCAGAGGAUCGACGUCAAUCCCCUUAAAGAGACUCGAGAUUUCCCUCCCGAAGAUAUGUGUCUACGCAAUUGGCUCUUCAACCAUUUCUAAAAGUUAAUGCAGGUUUCACGAAUUUAUGGAUUCGAAGAGGUGGAUUUGCCGGUACUAGAGUCAGAGGCGCUCCUUGUCAGGAAGGCAGGGGAGGAGAUCAAGGACCAGUUAUAUUGUUUUAAAGAUUGAGAAUGCGUAGUGUUGCAUUGAGGCCUGAGCACGCACCUUCUCUAGCAAGGCUGGUGAUACAGAAAGGAAAAUCUUUGCCCCUACCAUUGAAAUGGUUUUCUGUUGGACAGUGCUGGUGAUAUGAGAGAAUGACGAGGGGGCGAUGCAGCGAGCACUAUCAGUGGAAUAUGUAUAUUCUUGGCAUGCCUGGGGUCGCAGCUGAGGCAGAACUUAUUUCUUCUAUUGUCACUAUCUUCGAGAGAAUUGGAAUCAUGGCAUCUGAUGUUGGAUUUAAGAAUUAUUGAGGUGCUAUUCCAUACCUGAAAAUUUGUUUGCCAAGGUCUGCAUCAUCAUAGACAAGAUUGAGAAGAUUCCAAUUGAUGAGAUCAAGAGUUAAAGUCUACUGGUUUAUCAGUAGAGGCUAUUGAGGAGCUAUUGCAAGUCCUUUCCAUAACAUCAUUGACAAAACUGGAAGGCUGGUUUUACAAUAUGAUGAUGAGAUGUUGUUUCUUGAUAUCUUUGAGCAAAAGAGAAAAACUUGGGAGUGCUGGGGAGGCAAUUGCUGCCCUGAAACAAUUGUUCUCACUUGCUGAAGAGUUUGGUUAUUAUGUGUGGAUUCAAUUCGAUGCAUCCAUUGUCCGUGGCCUUGCAUACUACACUGGUCUUGUAUUCAAGGAUCCUGCUGUAGGAAGUCAUCUUUUCCAAAUUUGUACAACCUGCUGGGCAGCACCACUAACAUGAAGGGAAUGACAAUAAUCUCUUGAAGUUCAUUGUACAACUUAUUCUUAACAAUUUUGGGAUUCCUCUCAGGGUUUUGAUAGAAAAGGAAAACUGAGAGCCAUUUGUGGUGGUGCUGAUAUGAUCGAUUACUCUCUACUUUUGGAGGGGAUGACAUUCCAGCUUGUGGCUUUGGGUUUGGUGAUGCUGUCAUUGUAGAAGUAUGCUAAAGUCCAGAAAAUUUUUUUUCCAGCCAUGUUGUUGAAGGAGAAGGGACUCGUACCUGAACUCAGCUUUGAAGUAGACAAACAUUGUCUGUGCUCUGGAUCAUGAUCUUCAAGGGGUAGCAGCAAGAGUUGCUACCUACUUUGAGGAAAAGGCCAAACAGUUGAUUUAGUCUUGGAGAGCAAGCCACUUAAAUGGGUGUUCAAACGAGCUGUAAGGACAAAUGCACAGAGGCUGAUAUUGGUUGGAACUACAGAUUGGCAAAGGGGUAUGAUUGGUGUAAAAAUCCUCUCUUCCGGUGAGCAAUAUGAGAUUCAACUUGAUGAAUUAGAGUGUAAGACAUUGGCUUGCGUUUGUAGCUCGUCUGUGCUUAUGUUUUCAGUUUCUAAUUUUGUUCUUAUAAGCAUGCUUAGGUUCUAAUUUUGCUUAUUCAAUUGUUUUUCUCUUUCUAAAGUACUUGUGGGUGUAUUUCAAUAUAUUAAAUUAUUAUCA